CGGCGCCCGGGCCGGGGAUCGUGCCCGAAUCCGCGACCCAGUCCUGGUGCGGGCCCCAGCCCUCGCCCCCGGCAGCUGCCGCUUCGUCUUCACUGCUGUGACUCGAAGCGUUCCCCAUGGGGUCUCUGUCUCGGGCGCCCGGCUCUGCAGCCGCCGCCGCCUCCCCGCCUCGACCUGUCAACCUCCGACGGCACCCGGCGGGCGGGGACAGAGAGGGGACGCCGGCGGCGGCUGUGGCUUCCGGCUUCCUCGCCGUCCAGUGAGGACUGCUGUCGCAAAGGCGCCGUCAAGCGGCCUCUACCAGCUGUCGUGAGACAGCCAGCGGAGGACACCCUUAGUAAACGGUGGAGGCCUGAUUUCCAAGAGAGCGCGCCUGUCAUGACGUCUACAUCAUCCCGGAGCCUCCUUUGCCACCAUCUUUGUUGGGGGCGGACAACGUGCAAUCCAAAAAGGCCUUUCGCUGUUCAGUUUCUCGGUAUCCCUCCACGUUCAAUAGCUAUGCUGAAAAAGCAUGAGAACGAGUCGGAGCCAGGGAGUGAACUUUUCGCCAAAGACUUUUUUCUGUCAAUCCUCUGUUGUCCCCUUAAUCACAGGCAGCCAUAGAGUGUCGCGCCGGUGACGUCGCGGUGGCGUUUCCGCCAUCUUGGUUGUGGACAGAGAGGCGGCAACUUCGGACAGAGCAGAGGGGUGCGACCGGAUCGAUGCUGAGGCUCGGCGGGCGUGGGCUCUUGCUGGGCCUGGCCGCAGCGGCGGCGGCUGUCAUGGCAGCACGGCUCAUGGGCUGGUGGAGUCCCCGCGCUGGCCUUCGCCUUUUCAUCUCCAAGGAGCUGGCCCGCUACCGCGGCGGCCCUGGGGACCCGGGCCUGUACUUGGCGUUGCUCGGCCGCGUCUACGAUGUGUCCUCUGGCCGGAGGCACUACGAGCCUGGGGCCCACUAUAGCGGCUUCGCAGGCCGAGACGCAUCCAGAGCGUUUGUGACCGGCGACUACUCUGCAGCAGGCCUUGUGGAUGAUGUAUCUGACUUGUCAUUUUCUGAGAUGCUGACACUUCAGAAUUGGCUUUCAUUCUAUGAGAAGAAUUAUGAAUUUGUUGGAAGGGUGAUAGGAAGGUUCUACGGAGAGGAUGGGCUGCCUACCCCAGAACUGACCCACGUAGAGGCCAUGAUCACCAAAGGCUUGGAGGCCAGUAAACAGGAACUGAAAGAGAAGCAGAAGUUUCCACCGUGCAAUGCCGAGUGGAGAUCAACCAGGGGCAGCCGGUUCUGGUGUUCCCCAAACAGUGGAGGUGUGAGCAGAGACUGGAUUGGCGUCCCCAGGAAGCUGUAUAGGCCAGGUGCCAAGGAACCCCGCUGCGUGUGUGUGAGAACAACUGGCCCCCCUAGUGACCAGACAAUGGACAACCCUACACACAGAAAUCGUGGGGACUUGGACCACCCCAACUUGGGAGAAUACACAGGCUGCCCACCCCUAGCCAUCACAUGCUCCUUCCCACUCUAAGCUGAUGCCCUAUAUGUUUUGUGUGUGUGUGAGGAAGACUAGCCCUGAGCUAACAUCCAAUGCCAGUCCUCCUCUUUUUGCUGAGAAAGAUAAGCCCUAGGCUAACAUCUGUGCCCACCUUCCUAUACUUUAUAUGGGACGCCGCCACAGCAUGGCUUGACAAGUGGUGAGUCGGUCCGCCGCACCCAGGAUCCGAACCCCAGGCUGCCGAAGCACAGGGCGCGAACUUAACCGCUGCGCCACCGGGCCGGCCCCUGAUGCCUUAUAUGUUGAUAACACACAGAGAACCCUGCCUAGAACCCUAAGAGGCCCUUGACUCAUGUGCCCUAGGAUGGCUCCUGACAUAAAACGAGGGCCUGGUGGGACUCUGGCCAUACUCUGCAAAUGUGGCUAAUGCCCCCUCACCAUGGGCUUACCAUUCUGUGACUGAGGCCAGAGCUUGGCAACCUGCCUAGUACUGGUCAGCCUGUUUUUGUCACUAUUCCCCUAGAUCCACUUGCCAUCCUUCUUCAGAGCCCUCAGAUAUUAAAGGGCACAAAUAUGACCAACUCAAAACUAACUGGGCAGACAAGCAAAAGGGCUCUGAGCUCUGACAGCUUCAUUCCCACAGACUCCCAGGCUGCCUGGAUCACCUCCCAAUCUGGUCAGGGCAUCAAGGGCACUGGCCCUUGAGGGACAUGUCCCUUUACAACUCAGAAACAAAAGCCGUAUAAAUUAACAGCAUCAACAGAACUCUGUUCCACGUUCCCCACUCGCUAAACUUGUGACCCUUGACUUUUACAACCUUUCUUAUAUGUAAGACCUCAACCCUAAGGCGAACUUGAAUCUACAACCAAAAGCCACACUGAGUUGUUGGGCCGACAGAGUGAGAGGUGACGAUAAAUAGGAGAGGCUAAUUCUGGAAAUGGAAAAGCUUUUGCUUACGUGGAUCCAGCAAAUCCAGAUGCCUCUGAACAAAGCAACAAUUUAAAGCAAGGAUAUUAUUUCUCUUUUAAACACUUAAAAUGGGGUGUGGUGUGUUUUCAGAGAGAGAAGUCUGCAUUUUGAGUGAAAGGUAGUUUCACAGCUCUAACAAGAUAACUGGUUAAUGCAACAUCGAAGUUUGGGCAAGGCUGCAAAUGUCAGUACAAACAGCCUCGGCUUAAGGGUGCUGGGCUUGCAACAUUUCUAGUGCAUCCCAUGUCCAAGGUCACCUGUAAUCUCCUACACUGGACAAACUGCAUACCCAUCACCUCUUGGAUUCUUAACUAUUUGGAGGGCAAGGAGUGUUCCUACUUUACAGAUAAGGAAAUUAAGACUGGAGCUGUUACAGGUUCAUGGUCUUUCCUCAUCUGAGCCUUCACCUCAACUCCUUUUCCCAAUCCCCUCAACUCUUAUUCUAAACAUUGUCUAUCCUUCUUCCUUUCUCUCUUUUUUUCUCUCCUUUAUCAUUCAUCUCACUAGAUAGCUUUCCAGACUGACUGGGAAAUGGAGGCUGCCUCCCCUUCACUUGCAAGACUCGUAGCUCACUGCCCCGUGGCCACAGCUGUUCCUUACACCUUGACUCUGCUCUUGACGCCUUUUGCCACCCCAGGAUCUUCCUCAUCUGCCCUUCUUAUACCUUUGACCUCUCCCUGCCCCCCGCUUCCCCCUAAGUAAGCAUUAAACAGCUCACUUCCCUCACAUCAUAAAGACACGGUCUCCCUCAACACCGCACUCUUCUGAAGCACCGUAUCUACUUCCUGUCACAGCUAAGCUUUCUGAAAACGCUGUGUGUACUCACUAUCUUGGCUCCUCAGCCCCCAUUUAUUGUGCAACACAGUCGCCUGGCUUCUGCCCUUCUCUGCUCAACAGCAGGAUAAAUUCUGUAUUGGCAAAUCCCAUGGCCACAUUCAGUUAUUACCUACCUGGGCCUGUCACAUUUGAGGGCCUCCAUAAAACCCUCCUUCAGCUUUUCCCUGGUUUCCCUUUUUUCCCUCAGGCCAUUCCUUCUCAGUCUCCUUGAAAGCCUCCUCUCCUCCUUGAACUCCUUCCCACUAGCUCUUCUCACUCCUACUUCAGCUGCCACUCGAGACUGCCAAAUCUGUAUCUAGUCCAGGCGGCUUUCCUGGGCAUUUCUGUGGGCACCUGAAGCUCUACAUUUCUGGCAUUCUAUCUUCAUCUUCUCCCUCGUGAUUCUUCUAGUUCCCCUGCUGAUGGUUCCGCCAUCACUGUCUACACCCAGUCACACCAAGUAAGAAUCCUGGCAGUCAUCCACAACUCCUUCCUCUCGUGUUCCCCUCCUCCCAUCCAAUCUCCAAGUCCUGGCAGUUCUACCUCCUCAGUUCUCUCCUUGCCAUUCCCUCUUGUCUAUUCCCAGUACUCCUCCUCUGGUUUAGGCUGUCAUUUCUCACCCAGAUUACUGCAGGAAUCGAACUGCGCUCCCUCCUUCCAGUCCAUCCUCCACACUGCUGCUUUCUUGAUGAUCAGGGCAUUCCCCAUUUAAACCUCUUCAGUGGCUCCCCAUAUCUAAAAGGGUCAAGUGCUAACUCUUCAGCAGCGUGGCACACAAGACCCUUCUGUGGUCCAUCUCCUCUUAGCGUCUGUAUCUCUUCCACCAGCUCCCACAUGCGCCGUCUUCUCGCUGCAUAAUUAUGCCUACGAUGCCUUCAGCCAGGCUGUCCCUUCUGCCUGGAACGACACCUCUUCCUCCGCCCAAUGUGUCCACCUCUUAUCUCUUCAGAACUCAGCCCAAUCAGCACCUCUUGGGAGCCUUCAUUAACCACCGGUCUGCCAGUUGGAUACAGAUGCAUUUUCCCCUUGGCUUCCUUAACACUGUGUUCACUUUCUAAAAUAACAAAGAUCACAGUGUUUUGUAACCACGAAUUUCCUGUCAGCGUCUUGCACUGGACUGCAGACUGAGGACAGGGACCAAGGGGUACUCAGCUUUGUACCCCCAUAUCCACUGUACCUGGCACAUGGUAAGUGUGCAGAGUUAGCUCUUAUUUUGGAGAUGAGGCAACCAAGGCCCAAAGAAGAAGAACACAAAGCAAUGGAGCUGAGCCUCGAGCCCGAGUUUCUUGUCCUGACCCAGGGCUAUUUCAACUCCCCCAUAGUUCAGUGUGUCUCUGCCCUCCCUGGGGCAGGAGCAAAGAGAAAGAGAGCAGAAAUGAGGACCUUCUUCCGAGCUCCACUCAGCCCCUAACUCAGCGCCUGAGGCUUCCCUGAAACUGGAAGCAGCCCUCAACUCCAAGCUAACUGGGAACCAGUCACUGCCACUGCUCUGGUCCUCCUUAGUCAUUCAACAAAUAUUUAGCAAGCACCCGUGUGCCAUGGGGCAGGGGAUGGGAGGAAGGUGAGGCUCUGGACCUCAAGGAGCUUACAGUAUGGCAGAGGAAAGCCCUGGUUAGAGCACCCAGAAGCCAUUCCCGGGGUAGAGUGGAGGCCAGGUCCAGAGAUGUUCAGACCUUUCCAAAAACAAACUGAAAAAGAAAAGGAACAAAACAAGGCACACUUAAGAGUUACCCCAGCCAAGUAUGGACUUGGGAGGCACCUAGAGGUACCUAAUCUCUCACUGAUGUGAGACCCCUGAACUCCAGGGCAUACUGCAGGACACACCCAGCCAGCCCCAGCAGGUUGCUCACUGCCUUGUUUAAUGAGAAUUCAUCUCCUCUUUGAUGCCAACCUCUUACUUUAUAGUAAAGAGUCUCCUCACGUCAGGGCAGUGGGUGAAUCUUCAAAGGAUUCAGCAAGAAUAGGUUUCAUGGUCAUUUUAAUGGUCUGAAGGGCUCAGCCAUGAGAAGCUAGUGGUUCCUGGAGAAAAACCUGUUCUUUCUCCCUCGAGUAGAGGUGGCUCUGGGCAUAACUAUGGAGGAAGAAAGCAGUUCUUCUCUGAUGGAAGUCACAGAAAGUUCAGCUGGGAUAGUUAGAACUUGCUGGCAGGGGGAAAUGAAGAAAACUACUAUGUGUUGGGCAACAAUGCUGGGCAGGAGCUUUAUCUCUUCUCGUUUAACCUCUAUGCCAGUCUUGAGAGAGUCUCAUUUUAUGGUCCAGAAUGGGGGCCUAAACAUCCUCCUCCACAUCUUCUAAUGGUUACAAGAGACACUGUACGACAGAGCUGAGCUUGGAUCCCAAGUCUGCUCUGCCCUACAUACUAGUGUGCAGUGUUAAAGCAAAGGCCGGGCAGCUGCUCUCCAACAUGCUGAAGGAAACUGUAACAUCUGCCUUUUCAUUCUGAGAUUUCAGUUUUCUAUAAACACAGAACUAAAAGUGAAGAGCCCGGGAUUUUUUGGUCACAGCUCAGCCACCACAUGGCUGGAUAGCAAAGGGAGCCAUAUCAGACCAUCACCCCCAUCCCUUGCUUGCUUAGCUCCAGGACAAGCUAUGAUCUGAAAGAUAGACCCUAUGGACAGCUUGGAGAUGUAUCUGUUCAGAAAUCUGUGGUGCCCCUCAGAGGAGGAUGACCCUGGGCUGAACCCCUACCCUUGAGAGUACUUCCUACUGCCAAAGUCCCCAGAUUCCUGCAAGUAGGCAGCAGACAUUACCCCCAUUAGCCCUCAGGAAGGGGCUCUUGGCAUGCACAACAGAAUCUGUGUACUUGCAUGAGAGUAAGGACAUAUUACUGAUCACCUUCCUUAAGGCAGCCCUGUGAGCUAGGAAGGACCAUGGUCACUUCCAUUUAUAGAUAUAGAAACUAAGGCACAGAAAUUAUGAAACUUGCCCAAUACUGUCAGUUAAUCAAUGACAAGACAGAACUAAACCCAAGUGCUCUUCCCUGGCUGGGCAAAAAUGUGAGUUGAUGCAUUCCUGGUUCCUGUUUGUACUCACAAUAUUAUGACAUAUUAUGACCAGUGUUCACCUCAAGGACGGCUAUUAGGACUACUUGGGAUUGUUAUGUCGAAGCACUGAACAUUGCCUAUUAAUUAUGAGAAAAGCCACCAGAGAGUGGGCUAUAUCACCACAGCUGGUCUGAACUGGGGGUAAGCAAAAUGGAAGAUAGGUAAAGAAAGGGAAUAUGUUAGUUCAAGAGUGUGAGGGCCAGGUGAACUACUAGAUUUGCACGAUUUGUAGAGGGGCUUUAUGGACCACCAGAUUUUCAUUUGCAAGCCCCUGAAACCUUCCUUAGUCUUCUCUGACACCCACAGUGCCAGUCCUCCCUUCAGACUGCAGCCAGCAGAAACCCCCCCGGGGCGGCUCCUCUUGAGUUGCUCCUUAAUAAUGGAGUCCGAGAGGGAAUUUCCAGGGUCCGUUGGAGAGCUUCUGUGGGGUCCAGUGACUGAGACUGUGCAGCUGUGAUCACAUGCAUUGCCAUGAGCUGGAGUCUGGGCCAAGAGCACAGUAAAUCUGGGCAGCUGGUCAUUGUGCCUAAAAGAGCUACUUUUUGACUGCUGUCAACAAUGUGUUUCCGAAAAGUGUUGGAAAGUCAAACUUUCCUAGAAGGUGGCUGUUAAAGAAAUUUAUUCACAGGUCAGGAGUUUUAAAAAUUUGCUUGUUUGUUUUUAAUGCUUAUUGGUACUUCUGCAUUAAAAGUAACUACAAAUGUCUUAUUAAAGUUUCCACUCUAAA